AUGGAUGAAGUGAUCAAAGAUCGUCUUCACGCUGAACAAAUUUUAAAGCGGCACGGUGUACAAGUCGGAGCAAAAGCUGCAGGCGAACUCAUGAUGCAUAGCGCUAGACUCGGCCUUCGCAAUAUUUUAGAGUUUUUCGGAAGAACAGUCCAAGUUGACUAUAAAAAUAAAUUCCACGAUACUUUAUUACAUUAUGCAGCCCGAGGUGGGAAUAUAGAUAUUGUGAGGCAGCUAAUUGAAUUAGGUGUAAGCCCACUAGCGAGAAAUUUAUUUAAUGAAACUCCUCUGUUUUAUGCUGCAGAAGAAGGCCACGUUGACGUUGUCGAAGUUUUAAGUGAGUAUGGAGGAAUUGAUUACCAAGACAAAUUUGGUGACACUGCUUUGCAUUUUGCAGCUAGAGAAGGAAAUGAAGCAAUUUGUGUGAUUUUGCUGAGAAAGGCUAGAAAUGUAGUAAAUAUUGCGAAUGAUAAUAAUCAGACAGCACUAUCUUAUGCGCUAGAGCAAGGGUAUUUAGACGUUGCGAAAACUAUAGAGAGAUAUGGAGGAAGAGUUAAUGCAUAA